CAUCGCCAGUCGACUGCACUCGUCUAUUCAGAUCUAAAUUUAAAGCGUAGUUUGUUGCACAGACAAACGAUGCGCGCGGGUGCCAUCGACUGCAAUAAUUAAACAAUUUGCCAGCGUGCCACAACUAGUGAAAUUGCAUUAGCCAAGGGAAAACAAACGAAAAACAAAUCGAAUAAACGCAAGUUAACCAACAAAACAGUGUACAAUUUUACACACCACGUAACGUAACACAUGUGCGUGCGUGUAUGCGUGCGGGUGAGCGAGAGAGAGCGAGUGUCAAAAUGACAGCAGUGGCAACGAAAACAACAAUAACAACAACAGAAGCAGCAGAAACCAAAUCAACAACUACAACAACAACAUUAUAGUCAGCCAGCUGUGCGAGGUCGUUUCACCCUCUUCCCCUCCCAGAAAAAUAGUAAAAAUAACACCAAAAUUGACAAAAUUUUCUGUUCUCUGAGAAACAGGAUUCAAAACCAAAACCAAAAUUGUUCGAUACGUUUACCGUUACUUAAAACUCAGCAAGCGUGUUAUGAACAUACUAAAACCAGCCAAGCUCAAGUGUAUCGUGUUUUACCAACUGCGUCACACUUGGACGUUUCUAUUGUUUAUUUCCGAUUUACUGGUGAAAUUUUACGAAAGGGCUCUUCCAUCCGAACACCAGGAGCAGCUGGCCCAUCAUAAUAACAAUAACAACGAUCUGAUCAUGGAGCAGGACAUGCCGGAGGAGGAGGCCCAACCACAACCCCAACCCCAGCCGCAGGCGCAGCCGGAUCAGGCAGACAUUGUGGCCCGUUUCCAGGCCAUACAGGGCGCAGGCGAACCCAUGGACGCAGCCAGCGAUUUGGACGAGGAGGAGGAAGAGGAUGACGACGAUGUGGAUGUGGACGUGGACUAUGGUGAUACCGAUUCGGAAUCGGACUUCGAGGAGAUGUUCUCCGACGAGACGGUCAGCUCCAGCGAUGAGCUGGAUGAUGGCAUGGAGCUGUCCAAGAGUGUGCUGAAUGUCUUCCUGUCGCCGGAGCAGCAGCAGCAGCAGCAGUCCCAGUUGGCCAGCCAGCGUCCAGCGUACGCCUUCCAGCCGCUGCGUCUGGUCAAGUGUCAGUACAAGGAGAAACACGUCCACGGGGGAUUCCCGCUGGCGCGCAGUGGCCACCGCAUCAUCGCCUCCAAUUCGCACCUGUACUCCCUCGGUGGCUAUAAUCCGCGUAGCGCUCUGAAUGCCUCACGCAACGGACGCUGCCUGCUGUUUCAGGAGCUCUGGAGCUACAACUUCGCCACCAGAACCUGGAAGCUGGAGCUGAAUGCCGACAAUGCCAGCAAUAUGCCCGUGGAGCUGGCCUCCAAUGCGUUGACCAUUCACAAUAACGUGUUGAUUUCCCAUGGUGGCACGGGAUAUCCCUUUGGAGAGUCUUGCUCGAAUGACUGCUACGUUUACCGCACGGCCAGCGCUGGCGCGACACCGGGCGUAGAGCGCCUAAAGGUCAAGGGUGAUCUGCCCACGGCUCAGUACGGACCGGGCAUAGUGAUCCACAAGCACUUCCUCUACACAAUCGGUGGAACGACGGGUUUUGACUAUACCUGUGAUGUGUAUCGCUUGGACUUUCGCACCGGAAUCUGGGAAAAUGUAUACAUCAGUCGUCCGGAGAUGCGUGACGAUCCGGAGGGUCGAUAUCGCCACGAGGUCGUCUACGACGGCAAGCAUAUCUUUGUGCUAGGCGGUGGCACCUCACACUCUGUGUACGAUCUGCAGCGCAUUCCGGCCUACAACCUGGAGGCGAACUGCUGGGAUUAUUUCGACACGUAUCCCGAUCUCCGUACGGCGGACAUGGAAGACGGCAACAGAGGCUAUCCAAAGCCGCGCAAGUGUUUCUCCUGUGUGCAGCACCAGUCCUCCAACGGGGACAUCGAGGCCUUCAUUACGGGCGGUUUGCAGGGCGAUUUCUCCACGUACUUUUCUGACAUUUGGAAGCUUAAUCUGCGCACCAAGAAGUGGUUCCGCAUCGAGACCGCCACCCUGCCCCGCCCCCUGUACUUCCAUUCGGCCGCCCACUCGGAUAAUGGAUGCAUGUACGUGUUCGGAGGCAUCGAGUACAAUGUUAAGGAGAUGCGUCGUCGCAACGACCUGUACAAGAUGUGGAUGACGGUGCCCAAGCUGAGCGAGAUGUGCUGGGACGCCAUCACCUACUACAACGACAAUCUGGACUUGUACGACCGAAAGACACUGCUGGGAGCCGGGAUACCGAAACGAUUCGCGGAACGCUUGCCGCCGCAGCGGAGGAGGCGUUUGGACAUUAACCAGCCCGACCCGUCCAUGAUGAUUUCGCUUUACUCGAACCCAAAACGUGCCCGCUCCACAACGCAAUAGGCCUUCCACCCGUUAAACCGAAAUCGAAAUUAAAUCGAAUCCGUGGUGGGGAGCCCGUGUCUCCUCGCCCCGAAACUGUUUCAGUUGCAGAACUUUACGUUACUAUUGUUUAAAAGUUUUGUUUCACAUUGAGCGCGCGCUGUGAUCGAAUACGAAGGACAUUUAUAGUUGUACACAUAUGUAUGUAUUUUGAUACUCGAAAGGAGAGGCGGACAUGUUUAGCAUGUAAAUAAGAUUGUAAUUAAGUUUAGCUAGCGGAACAACAGCCAGAGACAGGCCAUGCGUAUGUAUUCUAAACUUCAGCUUACAGAUCAGCCAGCGCACCCCACACACUCGAAAAUCCGAUAACCACACUCGAACAUCCGAUGACCACCUCGAAAGCCCCACAGUAUCUGACCAGGUCCCCCUAUGCAUAGCCCUGAAAUUGUUCACCCUUCUUUAAAUCAAACACACCCACAACCCACUUUGCACACACCCCACUUUGCACACAAACGAAACAAUAUGGAAGGCUACACCAAACAAUGUCAUAUAGAGGGGGCAACCCCGAUGUAUUUUUGUCAAAGUGUACAUAAUACUUAGCGGUAGUAAUAUUUAAUUAACAUAAGACUCCAUAAUUAUUGCGAUAUCAUGUACCGGUUUAUAUAUAUAUAAAUAUUACCCAAGACUAAAUUUGGUUGAAUCUAAGUUAAUAAAUAAAAUUUUUAAUGCAA